AUGAUCCAGGACGCAAUAACACAGAACAAACUCUUCACAGAGACGAGAAUCCCAUCAUUGUACUCAGACUUCAAGAAGCUGGAGCAGAUCAACCCGGACGGCUAUGAGGCCAACCUUAUCGCGUGGAAGUUGCUUAUUCAACAGUUGUUCCAUGGCGGGCACCUCUCCAAUUGCUUUGUAUUGGAUACCACGGGGUUGCUGGAUGAAUUGACGUUGGCACACCACGGCAAGCCGAUGUGUGUUGACCUGGUGUUGGAAACAAUGGUCAAGGCCGGUGAUUUGAUUCCCUGGUCUGUAUGGACGUCAUCGCAUGAUGGGAUAUACGCUAAACAUUGGGUGAAGCCUGUGGUGUCAUGGGCCAUUAACAGGUUCGUAUGGGAUACAAGCUAUAAGCUGAGUGAUAAGAAGGGGCUGAAAGCGGAUAAGCUUGUGAAUAAAUCCAUGCUCGAGGGGUACACGAAGGAACUCUUCAAACUGAUAUCCAACAAGCGUCAUGAGCUCUUGUUUGAGAAAGACCAGCUUAGACAUUUUUUGAAUGAACACCCAGUAGCAGUUGAAGGGGUCAAGAGGCAACUGUCUGACUUGGACUACGAAGUAUUGCUGACAUUCCUCAAAAGAGACCUUCACAAGGUGCAGAUUAGAGAUGGCAUUGUGAAGUUUGGAGAGGAUGAAAUCACUCCAGAGGAUAUUGGUAUAUGUGAGAUCAAAACCACUAUAAAGAGAUUAGAGGACAAGAAUAACGAGCUGCAAUCAAAGAUUGACAGCACAAGCGUAAAACUGAAGCAAUCUUUGGCUAAUAAGAGCAACAAACAGCUCUCUUUAAACCUGCUCAGAUCUAAAAAGAUUGCAGAGCAAUCUUUGAGCAAACAGCUAGCAUCGUUAACUCAGUUAGAGUCGGUGAUGUACAAGAUUGACGAAUCAUCCUCAAACUUACAAUUGCUCAACGCCUUGGAGAAAGGUUCUGUUGUUCUGAAGAGCUUAAACACCCAGUUAGGUGGUGUAGAACGUGUUGAGGCAAUAAUGGAUGAGAUCGAAGAUCAGAAGUACGCAGCUGAUAAGAUCACUGAGGAGAUCACCAGAUUGGACGAGCAAGUAAAUGAUGAAGAGGUAGAGGAGGAACUGGCGAAGAUGCUAGCAGAAGAGACAUCAAAGGAUAAGGAAACAGAAGAGAU